AUGGCGAAUCAUGAGAGCCUCAUUCAUGAUGCCGGCCAGAGUCGGUCGACCGUGCUUUUGGCUGCGGCCACUUUCUUAAUGGUUCCUCUAGCAGUCAUUCUCAAAAGACUUCUUUUUCCGACGUUUGACGCUCGAGAGCCACCGAUCCUGCGGCCGAAAGUGCCUUUCUUUGGCCACGUUGUGUCGCUUGUAAGAGAGGCAGCGAAUUUCAAUAACCGUCUCUAUAGAGAACACAAGAUGCCGAUCUGCACAUUGCCCAUGCUGCAUGGCAAGAUGUAUCUCAUAAACUCCCCGGCUUUAAUCGCGGCAGCAAUGCGUACCAGCGACAUUUCGUUCUUCCCUAUCGAGAUGGAGGCUACGGCUUCGAUUCUUGAUAUGCCGCCUCAUCACCUCGAAAAGCUCGGCCCAGAGGUCAUCCAUCACUUCGGGAAGACGAUGGCCACAGCCCUCAUGAAACAGCCACUAUAUGCCAUCAACAGUGCUUCGCUAGGAUACUGCAGUGAGGUUAUGAACGCCAUUGGCGCAGAUCCGAAGAAAAUAGCUGCUUGGGAUUGGAUCCAAGAGGUCAUGGCCAUGGCUGCUAGCAGAGCGCUGUACGGAAGGCAUAAUAUGUGGGACAUGGAGAAGUUCGGGGACCUCUGGACGUUCGACGACAACUUGGCCAUCUUGGGGGCCAACAUAGCCCCGAAGCUGCUUGCUCCCAAAGCAGUAGCAGCUCGUCAACGGAUGAAUGCUCUGCUGCGGCCGUUCUACGUUGGUCAUCUGGAUGAUAGCCCCGACGUUGCAAGCAUUGUGAAGGAACGCGCAAGGUGCCUGCGGGACGUGGGAAUACCAUCCGAGGAUCUUUCGAGUAUGGAGUUCCUGCUUCCUUGGGCCGCCACAACGAAUACUAUACCAAUGACGUUCUGGUUUUUGAUGAAUAUCUUCGCCGAACCAGAAUAUGUCGAUCAGGUCCGCCAGGAGAUUCUAGAAAUCACAGAGAUUGUCAGACGGGAAGAUGGACGACGCGAUGCGACUGUCAACACUAGAGAUCUCGAGUCGCGGUGUCCCUUCCUCAUGGCCUGCUAUCGUGAACUCCUCCGAUUAUAUGUCGCCCAGGUCUUCAACCGAAGAGCCAUGCAGGAUGUUACUCUCGAGGAUAGCGACGGUCGUCAAUACUUGCUGAAAAAGGGCACCAAUAUGCAAUGGGCUACUAGCGUUAUCCAUCUCAUGCCGGAUAUCUGGGGCGACGAUGUUACGUCGUUCAAACCUGAGCGCUUCCUCAACGUAACGCCGGAGGAGGAGAGACGGAGACGGGGGUUCAUGCUGCCGUUUGGUGGAGGCAAGCACAUGUGCCCCGGCCGGUUCUUUGCCCAGACCGAGAUUGUAGGAUUCGUCGGUGCUCUGGCACUCGGCUUCAAUAUCGAAGACGUCAAAGUUCCGCCGGCCGGUGCGCCGACGUUGGCAGGUGCGGCAAGACAUCCAGAGCGGGGCCGCCGGAAUGACGAGAUUGUUAUCUCAAGACGCAUCGGAUGGGAGGACGUCAACUGGAAGUUUGCAUGUUGA